UGAUGGAUACGAUCCGCGAUGAUGCGAUCGUCGCCUACACACCCGAACGACCGUUUCCGUCGAUGCCAGUCGCAUGGACUUCCGGAACUUCGCCAUCCAAAGCUGCUGAGGUGGUUGAUCCGACGGAGUACCUUCAUCUUGUUGGUAUGGCUGGGACGACCACCGGCAUGAUCGGAGCGAUCCGAUCGGGCAACGACGAUCUUGAAUGGGUAGAACGCGAAUCAAACCCAGGACCACAAUUUCGUACAGGGGAAAUUGAUGUGUUACGAACGUUAAAGCAAUUGGAUAUCCGUGUUCCAGUGCCAGUAGGGCAUUUGCUCACCAUAUCCGAAGCGGCCAAUGAUAAGUUAUUGCAACAGUGUCAAAAGAACCACAAGCGUUUCACCUAUCAGCGCAUUCAGCGGAUGCUGAAGAAAAACAAGGAGGAAGAAAUCGAGAGGAUUGCCCCUCCUGAACCCGGAACAGACAAGCCCGAAGCCGCACGAGUAGCCAAGAUCUCGCUAGCCGAGAAAGAUCACUUCGUACGAGCUCGUCCUGUGUUAUGGAAAAGUGCGGAAUGUGAUUGUGAAAUCUGGGGCAAGUCGUUUAACGCCCUCAUCGAUACUGGGGAUUCGGCGGUCGCCAUAUCCUUAGACACGGUAAGAAGAAUGGGCCGACUCAAUUCCAUCCUUCCUCUAUCUGACAAAGAUAAUUAUGUCUCUGCUGACGAGGAAGCGAUGAAUAUCGUUGGGGUCAUUGAAAACGUGGUGAUAAAAGUCGGUCGAGUACAUGUCCUUGUAAACGCAUUAGUUAAAGACGUGCACUUGUAUUCUGUAUUGCUAGGUUUGUCGUGGGCAAUGGCGGUAGGUGCCCGCAUACAUUUCGAUUCUAAACAGCUGGUGCUCACCCAAACAGGAGGAAAACCUCGAACUGUUCCGUUAGGGAUUUCCACCCGGAUAGUAAGAAGAAACUCUGGUUUUGCUGGGAUUGGAAUGAUUCGGGGUCACGAUUGCGAAGCAAAUCCAUCUUCAUCGCCGGAUGACAGUAGCGGAUUCGAAGAACUAGAGUAUAAAAAAGAAAUGCCUAAUGAAGAAGAAUGGAAGCAUUUGGUCGAACUUUUCGAACACGAAACUCAGGAGAAAUUCCGCAUGGUUCCCGGAACCACACGAACGUUUCAUUUGAGUCUCGAAGAUAACACGACUGUCCUGACUGAAACCCAGGGUACUUUCUCGACCGUUAUCGAGGAACCUAUCUUGCAAAUUUCGGAUCUUGCAGACGAUUUGGAACCCCCUCCGCAGAUCAUUGAUCGCAUCCGGACUCGCUACCCGACUACGACGCAAUUCCAAGCCAUAAGGGAGGAACAGGAGGAAGAAGAAAGUACCGAGGACGAAGAAGAAGAAGGAACGGAGAACGAGGGCAAAGAUAGUGAGGAAGUGCUUGGCGACGAAGAAGAGACUCCUGAAGAGGGGAGCUACAGCGAGCAGAGCGAGGUGGACCAAAGCGAAGAAGAAGAAGAAGAGGACCAGGAAGGAGAGGAGGAGCACAAAGAAGCAUCGGCCGAAUCGGAGUGGGAAGUCCCGCCAGAGGAGGCGACGCGCUUGGGCACGGAAGCGCAGGACCCAGGAGCAGCCCGUAAGAGAAAGAAGAUCGCUGUCGGAAAACAGAAGCGGAAAUUGGCUCGCGAAGGCAGCCUGCGCAUUGACGACGAUCCCAGCCGGGAUCCGGAGCCGCCCCGACCCGAAGAUGGCAGCCUCUCAGCCACGACCCCAAGUGCAACGCGGCGAAGACGAAGCCGAUCCCCCUCCCCCACCAGCCCCACCCGUCCCCCAGUUCGUCAACGUACCAAUGCGGGGAAUCAGACUUCGUCCCCGAUCAAUCUCUCGCCGUCCCCUUGAUUACCUCACCCUUCGCCGUCUCACCGAGCCAGCUACUUUUCGUUUCUUCUACUCCUCUCGCCUCGCUAUCACAGUC